GAUGCAAAGAGGGAGGGAGUGGCUGCUGGCCGCAGACACAGCUGGUUCCUGACAGGAAGCCCAGACAGUGGCCCAGGUCCUGCUACGUACUACUGUCUGCAGCUAUCACCACAGCCAGCACUGCUGCCUUGCCUCCCCAGGGGCUGCAGCCCUGCAACACCCAGAAACACACACAAACUGUAACAUACUAACACACACUUCUCUUUUGAGCUGCAGUGGCAGGCAGGGCAGGAGGAGGGUUCAGAUGAGAGCACAGCCCCUCAGCCAGAGCCACGAGACAAGCUGACCUGCCACUGACAUACACACACUCUCACACACACUCUGCUGGAAGGGAACGAAGAGAGCUUGAGAGAACCAGAUGAACGGAAAAGAAGAAAAAAGAUCGAUUAGCACACAAUAUAUGCCAAGUACAUCUGAAGAGGACAGCAAAAGAGACUGAAGACAAAGACUGUUAUUCAUGGAUCUCAACAUAGAACUGUCAUACAUUUUUCUAACGCAAAGUUUUAUGCAGACAUGAAGCAAAGAAAAAAUACCAGAGGAUUCCUGGAAUAAUACAACAAGGAUCGGAGGCAACCUCUGGCUGUUUAUUGUUUUUCUCUGUUCAGAGCUAUAACUACAACUAAGUCCCUGUCCUUGCAUGGUAGUUCAGUGAGUCAUACAAUGAUCUACUGGGGCCUCAAAGGUAAACUGGCUGAACAUUAUGAGGAAAAACAUCCAAAGCCUCAAGGACAUAUGGAAGAGAAGGUCAAGCAGGAAAGUCUUCUAGCGUUUUGGAGCUCAUAGAGAUUUUUUGUUUUGAUUGCCGUCUCUGCUACACUACUUGGACCUAUAGACCUGCCAGUGUGCAUACAGUGCCUUACACUAACAGUGUGUCACCUAACCCUGAAGCCCCUUACCUCACAAAGAAAAUUGGAAAGUUGAGAUCCUACAAGUUGUGAUUUGAAGGUCCAAACAUGUCUGCUGAGGUCCAUUUGGAGCGCCAGAAGAAGGCCAACCUGAGAGCUGGGACUUCCUCUGCUCCAGCAUUUGCUCCACGUGUCCCCACAGUCACACUGAUCAGCCACAGAGAGCUGAGGGAUAGACACACUGCCCACAGACUGCAACCUGGAAGCCUUGAUCCAAACCUGGCAACCAGCAGCCACUACAGAUGUAGUGAAGGUAGCAGAGUGCAGAAGGUUGGAACAAUGCCAGAUUCACCUGUGGAUGUGAAAACCCAGCCCAGGUCCACCCCACCCACCAUGCCUCCUCCACCCCCGGCUGUCAGCCAAGCAACCAAUCGCAAUGCUUCAUUCACCCCUACUACCAGUAAAUCAAUGCUGAAUGGGAGCAGCCACUCUCCUACAUCGCUGAACGGUGCUCCGUCAACUCCUAACGGCUUCAGUAAUGGACCAGCUAUGUCCUCGACGGCCUCGCUUUCCAACCAGCAGCUCCCGCCAGCUUGUGGUGCCCGACAACUCUGCAAGCUGAAGCGCUUCCUGACCACAUUGCAACAGUUUGGCAAUGACAUAUCGCCCGAAAUUGGAGAGAGAGUGCGCAGCCUUGUGCUGGGGCUCGUGAACUCCACUCUCACCAUCGAAGAGUUUCACUCCAAACUUCAUGAGGCCACCAACUUCCCUCUGAGGCCGUUCGUCAUUCCCUUCCUGAAGGCAAACCUGCCCCUGCUGCAGAGAGAGUUGCUCCACUGUGCCAGGUUGGCCAAGCAGACUCCAGCUCAGUAUCUGGCCCAGCACGAGCAGCUUCUGCUGGACGCCAAUGCCAGCUCGCCCCUCGACUCCUCCGAGAUCAUGCUGGAGAUGAAUGAGCACGGCAAGAGACGGACCCCUGACAGGACCAAAGACAGCUCAGAGAGAGAUGGGUUGCACCCGGAGCACCUGGCUAAGAGGCCCUGCACCAUCAGCCCUAGUCAACGCUUCAGCCCCAGCACAGGUCUUCCUGCUCACCCGCCUCCCAACGGACUCCCCACACACCCUCCCAAUGGCCUGUCCCACCCACCCAACCCCCAAAUGGGACCCCAGCACUAUCGCUUAGAAGACAUGGCCCUGGCACACCAAUACAGAGACGCUUACAGACAUAAUGAACACCGUGACGCCCGAGACAGGCACCGGCAGACAGUGCAUGGAGCCCGCCAAGAGGAGGUGAUUGACCACCGUCUCACAGAUCGAGAGUGGGCAGAGGAGUGGAAGCACCUUGAUAAUCUCUUGAACUGCAUCAUGGACAUGGUGGAGAAGACGCGCCGCUCUCUGACGGUGCUACGCCGCUGCCAGGAGGCCGACCGGGAGGAGAUGAAUCACUGGAUUCGGCGCUACAGUGACGUGGAGGAGAUGAAAAAAGGUGGGAGCAACGGACAGCACUGCCUUCCUCCUCCUCCUCUUCCUCCUCCUCCUCCUCCUCACCACAACUCCUCCUCCAACACAGCUAGCAGCAGCGAGUCACUGCCCAUAGGAACUUCCUCGGCUGCUGAAAGGCAGACAGGCAGACAGACAGAGAUCCACAGAGACUUCUUACACCGGCCUCCCUCAGGAUACCUGCCAGAAGAAAUCUGGAGGAAAGCUGGUACUACAAGCAUCCCGCUCUCCCCAGCACUAAAGCACCUCCAAAACAGGCAGGAGGAGGCAGUGAAUGAAGUCAAGCGACAGGCGAUGUCAGAGCUGCAGAAGGCAGUGUCAGAUGCAGAGAGGAAGGCCCAUGAAAUGAUUUCAGCCGAACGCUCUAAAAUGGAGAGGGCGCUGGCCGAGGCCAAGAGGCAAGCCUCUGAGGAUGCACUAACAGUCAUCAACCAGCAGGAGGACUCCAGUGAAUCUCACCAGAGCUGCUGGAACUGCGGGAGGAAGGCCAGUGAGACGUGCAGCGGCUGCAACACGGCUCGCUACUGCGGCUCCUUCUGCCAACACAAAGACUGGGAGAAGCACCAUCAUGUCUGUGGUCAAGGCCUGCAGGGGCUGCCAGGGGGCAGCAGUGUCCCUCUAGGCACCCCCUCCUCCUCCUCAGCGUCCUCCAGUGCGCCCCCCACCCACUCAGCGAGCACUCCUCCAGGACCUUUGUCCCUGGCAGGCCAGAGCAGUAUUGCGGGAGGGGCUGGCAGCGGCAGUGGAAGUGUCUCUGCCAGCCCCAAGGAGAGCAGUUCCAGCAGUGCCUCUCGCUCCACAACUCCAGCUACCCCCGCCCUACUGGAUGCCACCUCUCGCUGACGUCUGACCCUUGACCCUUCCCUGCAUACUGAUGCGACAGUGCCCACACUCCACACAAAACCAAACUGAGGAAUCUUCAUCGCACACUGCUCUCUCUCCUCCUCCCCUACUUCAGUCCGUAUUUCCCUCUUAUCUUAAGCUCUUCUGAAAAUCUUCUCACUACCUGAUUAUAGACUGGUUUUUUCAACUUGUCACCUUCUCCCCAAAUACUUUUUCUGUCUUUGUCUCUUUCACAACCAUAGCCACAAAUACAAAGAUUCCAGCCUGGGGCUCAGUGUAGUGGAAAGCAUGAAAAGUGUCUCCUAUCUCUGUGUUCAGUCACAGAAACACAUUAGAUGUGUUUGCUGAAAACAUGAGCUUUGACUUGAAGAUGUGACUGAGAUGUACCCUCAGUAAUGUAAGCAUGUUAAAUACUGUACACAUAAGGACACAAGAUAAGGACUGUGGUAAAGCAACGUUGAUGGGGGGAUGACUAGGCCGAUUAGCACUUGGAUUGAAUUUCCCUUUAAUUUAGCACCAAUGAGAGAACAGUACCCAGCCCUGAGAUGUGCACUACCAGUCCUAAUAGUUCACUGAUGUGGCACUACAGUGUCCUAAUGGAGACAGGCAAGGAAUAUAAUAGGCCUACCUAUUUUCAAAUGGAUGAGGGAAGCCUGUGAUGCGAUUAAUUCCUCAGAAACACAGCUUAGUAUUUAUUAAAUGUUUCUUUCUGGCUUUAAGGGAAAAUAAAGAAAGUCCAAAUAUUCUAAAUAAAGAAUAAUAGUGAUGAUGAUGAUGCUGAUAAUGAUGAUAACGAUAUGAAAAUUAAUUAAUUUUAAACUGCUAACUACCUUGCUAGCGAGCCAAGAAAAUCUACACCGGACUCACCUCUCUGCACCAUUGUGAACCCAAAUGAAUUCAAAGAUGAAAAAUAACAUGAUCCAAACCUUUGUAUUACACUGCCAAAGUGAGUAAGUAAGCGAUAAGGAGAAGCACUCAUCGUAUAACCAAACGCAAAGCAACAUCACCUCCUCAGCAGAUAAGCCAGCCCUGAGAGGACCAGGCUGCAGAGAAGCUGCAGAACGGGACCCAGAGAUAGUCAGACAUUUAAAAAAAAAAACUGUGACCUGCUUUGAUCUGCAGCUGCUUCCUGCUGUCUGGACAAAACUACAGCGAUUCCUCAGUGAUGGCCCAGACUAGUGAAUAUGGACAAUGCUGUGAACUUGCCUACUAGAAAGACUUAAUGAAAUGGAUGGAAACCAUGCUACAGUGUGAUUUUUUUGAGUCGUAACAGGGAGGACAGAGAGAAAAAAAGGCUACACAGCUUCAAAGGAGAUGAAGAUACAUACAUGGCAAGGGAGCUGCCAAAAACCUCAAAACAAGCUUGAAAACAUCGUCCAAGAAGAAGGCACUGCAUACUAUGGAGACAUAUGGGAAGAUUGUUUCUAAGUUGUUUAUUUACAGCUCCACAACAAGGAGAUAUGUCAAGAAAUUGCUGUUACCUUUACAUUCACUCCCUCCUUUUCCAAAGCAUGAUAAACAGAUGAAAGAGCCUAGUAAAGGGUGGUGUAGACUUGGUUCUCCUCUCUCUUUCUACCUCCCCUCACCCCACACUUCCCUUCUACACUUUUCCCCAACUACUUGACUCAAGUCUACCCCUAACCCCAGCCUGCUUUGAACAGAGCCUCAGUGUAGUCACGUGCAAGGGUUGGAACCUGCUUGUAGAUAUUGUUCCUCUUUUCAAAUUUCAAUAAUGUCUCUUGUCGCCGAUGUCCAUAUGUGCUGCCCUUGUGUAUAUCCAGAAAGAUGGACUUUGUUUUGGUUUUGUUACCUUUCAUUUGCCUCCUUUAAGUUUGGGCUGAGCAGUGAAGUCAGAGCAAGGACACUCGUUUAUCAGAGGAAGCCCCACAUUUUACUUAUUGUUUGAUUUGUUGUAUCUAUAUUAAUGAGAUGAAACCCCUCUUGUAGAAUAUUUUGUAUUGCUUGCAUUGUAAGACAGUGAGAGGACGGAGGUGCAAUAUGAAGAGAAUUCAGCUACUGAAUGGAACCUCAGCAACUGCCCAUUGGGUGUCAUAUAAUAUACAUACAUAUAAAUAUAUUUAAAGUAACAUCAGUAACUUAAUGUGAAUGUACAUAGUAUUUAAAGAGGUCCAAAAAUGUGUUUGCCAAAUAACAGAAACCUUUAAAGUUUAAUGUCCAGAAUAUGAUUUUCUCAUAGUACAUUUGUUUCUCAAAUUGAUCAGUUUUCCUUUCUUUCUCUCAUACAAGUUAAACACUUCAAAUUUUCACUCAAAUCAAAGUGUCAUGUGACCCUGAGUGGAGACUGUUGGUAACAGAGGUAAAGUGGCUCCAUACUGAACCACAAUGCAUGUAGCUGAGGGGGUGGAUGGACUUCCAGAACAUUUUCUGAAUUCAUUAAUUUUGUUAAUGUUUCACUUUAUUGCAAUUGGGAUUAAAUUAUGUCAUUGUGUGCUUCAUUCACCCCAGGUCAAUUUACAUCCUGCAGGAGGGGACUCAGCAGUGUGUAUUGACAAAAAAGCCUAAAUGUAGUCAGUAGCUUGGAAAAAAAAGAAAAAAAGUGGUGGCUCAGUUUCAAAUUUUGUUCCUUCACACCAAAUUUAGGAUUUGUCAAACUUGAUAUAUCAUGUCAAGUGUUCUGUUACCUUUCGGCUCAAGUGCCACUGCAGUGACCCUCUCUUUUGGUCCUCAUCAACCUGCGUGUGUGUGUCUGUGUGUGUGUGUGUGUGUGUGUGUGUGUGGUUCGGCGUGUUUGUCUCCCCCCCCAAAAGGUGCAGGACAAGCCAUUACUGUAGGAUUACGUGAUAUGCCAGUGUUAAGCUACAGUAAACUUCAAACCUAAUUUUGAUACCCAAUCUCUGAAAUGUUGCUUUUUUUUUUUUUUUACUGAUUAUUGUUUAUUUGUAAAGAUGCAACCUGAGCAUAAGCUGAAGAUCUGGGAUGGGUCUUUAUUUCCAGGCCAAGAGAGUAGCAUCACCUCUUUGGGUUUAUUUUAUUUUUCAGCCCUUCCCACAUGUUCCAGCAAUAUGAUCACUUCUGGUAAACACAUGUUUGUUAAACUGUCUCAAGGCAUUUACUUAAAGCAACAGAGGGCCUUGUAGCAGCCAUGCUCACACAAAUUUUAUAUUGAUCAUUGUAAACCCUACAUGGUUGGCCUCAUACACACUUGGACCAAAUAAAUAGGUCAUUUUCUUUUUGCAGUGGGUGGAAUUGGAAAGCGAAAACUCUGUUUUUUCUGCUUUUUGUUGAUCAACAGAUGGAUAAAGUGAAUAAUUUUUUAGACUAUCUGAGGCAUAUAAUUCAAAUGGGAUAAGCUGCAAGGUACCCCUGCAUCUGUUUGUAGCAUUUAUGUAUGUGUGUUAUAAUUACCGUGAUAUGGUGUUGACCUCAGCCUUUUGUGCCCUUUCACCCGAUGUCUAAUUCCUCCACUACUACCGCAGACCACUUUUCAUCUCCUCCACCACACACACACACACACACACACACACACACACUAGCUACCUCCUGUGACCAUACAGCUAACCACCAGGAGAGGUUGACCUGGACUUUGAAAAGCUGGGCUGAGAGCAGACAUGGAAAUGCACAUUCAAAAACAAAGCAUAUCAAUCUGUCUGAAAAUGAUAAAAACAAAAGCGUUGAAAGGAAUUGCCAUCACUCAUGAUGUAGAAGAGUAUUUAUUCUCACCAGACCUCACCUUUUUGAUCACAUCCCACUAACCAAAUGGAUACUGUUGUAAUUUAGUAAUACACAUACAGUCAAACCUGUAUAUUACCUAACUGAACACAGAAUCAACCAUGACAUGCCAUUUGUUGUCUAAAACCAAUAAAAGCACAAACCAAAGUACUCCUGCAUUGCCAUAGUAGGCUUUGACACAGUGUGUAUUGACAGACCAGAAAUAAUAAAGUUAGAGCUCCACUACACCAAUUAACCAAAGUGUCUGAAAUACAUACAAUCAGGGCACAAGAGUGAAGAGCACGCUCAAUGAACCGGCUGAGUUUCAAAUAUGUAGAAUUCUUAGUCAAGCAAUCAAAGCGCUUGUUGUCUACAUAUUGAAUAGUAAAAAUAAUAGAAGCAUCUCCUUUGGAAAAGCCUACUGAUUGCGUGUUCUUACAGUUACAAAGCCUUGCAGAGAUAAAAUUAAUGUGUGGUGGGUGUGUGUUUGUGUGUGAAAGGUGGUGUGUGUGUUUUUGUAAAAAAAAAAAUCUAAUUUUUUUUCUGUGUCUCUGUACAAACUACUUGAAACCUUCAGAGCUUUAAUGAAACAUCCCAGACAGACUACAGUGGCAGAUCAAUUCACAAUAUGUAGCAACAGUUUUGUGCAGUAAAAUACCGCGUUUGAGUACAAUAUCCACAUUAAAACAACACUGUAAUGACAGUUCCAUUCAACUCUAAGUGCUUUGCCUGUGCCUCCUUGUCUGCAAGUAAGCCCUCAGAUAAACUAAACUAAACCAAACCCAAUAGACCUGUUAUACAUGACCAAAAUACAACCAAAAAGCUACAACUUUCUUCUUCUUUCACUUUGGUUAAUGUUUUUUGUGUUAUGUCCCAGCAUUAGAGAACUUAAAUGUGGUCGAUUGUGUGGGACAUGAGGCUGCAGUCCGACAAAAAUCGGAGCUGUAGAGGAAUGAGCAACCUGUGCUUCACAGAGAUUCUCCCUCCUGAUUUCACUGGACAGGUUACAAAAUAACAGAUCAAUGUUCUGUUCAGCUGGGUGUAAGCUUCACAAAGUCAUGAAACAAAUGAGAUUCGUGCUGAGGUGUCAUAUACUUUUCUCUGUGAAGAUAUUAUAGAUGGCAAACGCAUAAGGGCUCUGCUAUUGUGAAUACCAUCCAAGGGUCUCUGAACACUUUACAUCAGCCACUUUUCUAUUUGUUUAACUAUGUACAUGAUAUGGGCAAAACGCAUGUUUAGAAAAGACAAAUAGCAGGUUGGCAUUUGUCUCUCCCUACCCCAACCAGUAACUCUACCAAUGAAGUUUCAAGGCUCUUCUGAUGUGAUGGUGACAUGUCCUUCCUGUGAAACAGGCACUGAUGAAUAGCUACAGUAGAAAGCUAAAGUGGCAAACAGUGGAUACAGCACUUGUUUUCCCAAAAGCCAUGGCUCAGGAUGGUCCUGUUAUUACCUUUACAUGAAUUGAAAAGGUUUAUGGUUUUAUAUGUGUAGGGAAACAUUCUAUACUGUAUUGUGCAAUACAUUAUUACAGAAAAAAACACGUUUCUGUAGGAAAGGUUGGCGCUUUGAAGAUCUUUCUUCUUUUGUUUGAUUUCCCUCUUCAAAAGGUCCUGUUGCCGUUUUUAGAUGAAGUUAACUGUGCCAGAAGAAUUAAAUUCUGAUUUGUAUUUAUUUCUUGCAUGCUUUCCUCCCUGUUGCUAAUACCGCUCUUUAACUGUUCGCUCUGUUGGAUGUGUGAAGCUGUAAAACAUUCUAAUUCAGGUUAUUGUCUGUGUUGAACAAUGUAACUGUGUAAUUAAAACAUGAAAUUAAGUAUUCA